UGUAAUAUUUAUAUGUUUCACUACUGCCACCGUUAAUACUUGAUUAAGCCCCCUCUGUGUGCCUAUUUCUCAGAAAUUAUUUUGAGGAUGGAGGAUUUGUUAAAAGUAAGAAGUAAGGGGGGAGGCAACUCUAAGCUUGUGAAAAUACUUUUAAUAUUACAAAAAUAUUAACAAAAUAUUUGAAAAAAUAGUUGAAAGUCAGUAUCUACUUGUUAUGGCGUAAAUAUGUGAGCGUCACUAGAUCAGUUCACAUUAUUUGAAAUUAGAACAUAAUUUGUCCAAAAUAAUUUUUAGAGUUUCUUAUUUGGGCUUAUUCAAGGAAGUGGGGUUCUCGAGGGAGGGUAUUGUAAUCGACUACAUUAAUUUUUAGUGCCAUGUCUUAACUCAAUCUGAGUAUAUAUCAUCAUUUAUCAUUCUCGGCUUAACGUCCGUUUUCCAUGCUAGCAUGGGUUGGACGGGGUAUAUUAAUGACCCUCUUCCAAUCUGAUCUAGACUGUGUUAAUCUAAACUCAACUUCCUCUCUAUCAAGUCUGUCCUUAUAACCUCCUGCCAAGUCUUUCUCGGUCUGCCUCUGGGCUUUGCCCCAGCAACUAUCAAGUCUCUACACUUUCUUACCCAAUUAUCCUCCUCCAUUCUUUCCAAGUGCCCCAGCCAAUUCAAUCUUCUUAUCUGGAUAACAUCUUUAAUUCUACGGAGACUUAGCCUGCUUCUUAGCUCAUCUGAACUCUUUCUGUCUCCCAGUCUGGCAUUACACAUCCACCUAACCAUUCUCAUAUCAUUCCUUUCUAAACGGUCAAGAUCUUCCUGCUUCACUGCCCAUGUCUCACUACCGUACAACAUAACACUUCUUACACAGGCCUCAUACAACAUACCUUGUACCUCAAUUGACAGGACUCUGCUAGUCAAUAAAAGAAGUAACUCUCUAAACUUUUUCCAAGCAGAACCUAUCCUGCAAGUAACACUUCUUCCAACACCCCCUUUACUGCCCAACAUAUCACAUAAGUAACAGAAGUUCUUAACUAUCUCUAACGAGCCACUGUUGUACAUCAUUAAAGCUGGAAAUACUUCAUUCUCUAUAAUCUCACCUUUGCAACGCUUGCAUACAAACUGUAUGCCAGCCCUUAACCUUCCACUAAUACUACUGCACUUCUUAUGUACCCAAUGCUUGCAAGUCUGACAAAAAAUUGAGUUACUACCAACCCCUUUCCUGCAAACUCCACAAGGCCACUUUCCAACUACAAGGUCACACUUGGCUGCAAUGCUACUUAUUAUGACUUUAGACUUUGCUGUGUUUACCUUCAGCCCUUUCUCUUCUGGUCCUUUCUUCCACUUCUCAAACUUUUCAACUAAUUCUUCCAUCGACUCUGCUAUGAGAACCAAAUCAUCUGCAUACAAUAACUCCCAUGGACAACCUGUUCUGAACUCCAUCGACAGCGCUUCUAAGACUAGAAUAAACAACAGAGGACUAAGUACAGAACCCUGAUGUACACCAACAUUUACACUAAAUUCAUCACUAAGUGAAUUGUAAUCCUGACACGACUUUUAGCAUUGCUGUACAUAGACUGAACCAUCGUAACUAGCCACUCAUCCACACCUAAUUUUAGCCCACCAAAUAACUUUACGUGGCACUCUAUCAAAAGCUUUCUCUAAAUCUACAAAGGCAAAAUAGAGAUUCUUUCUCUUUCCUAAAUACUUUUCCUGAAGCUGUCUGAGUAAAAAAAUUGCAUCUGUAGUGCCACGCCCUGGAACAAAACCAAAUUGCAUCUUAUCUAUAUCAAUUCUUUCUCUAAGUAACUUAUCAAUCACUCUUUCAAUAACUUUCAUUACUUGAUCAACCAACUUCAAACCUCUAUAGUUACCCCUUUCUAAUGCAUUACCCUUGCCCUUGAAACAAUUCACUAUUACACUCGACUGCCACUCACUUGGAAUAGCACCAUCCUUUAUAAUCUGGUUAGCAAGACUUGUAAUAAGCUCAACUCCAAUAUAUCCAGAUGCUUUUACCAUCUCUGCAACAAUACCUGAUACUCCUGCAGCCUUGCCAAUCUUCAAUUUCCUAAUAGCCUCCACUACCCAUUCUGUCUUGAUCUGCAUAGCUGGCCCUUCUACGACAUCAUCAUCAGACAAAUUAUCCUCGUCCCAAUCAAACUCAGUGUUAAGCAACCUCUGAUAAUGAUUCUUCCAAGCUACCCUUUUCUCCUCCUCUGUGCUAACCAAAACACCUUCAUCAUUACGUAUACACUUCUCACCUACAAUAUCUUGAUUAGUCUUCUUCAUUUGCUUUGCUAUCUUGAAUACCUCAUUCGCUGGUCUUCCCUUCUUAACACAUCUGCAAAUCUGUUUCUCUCUGCUUCUGAUUUUGCCUUAUACACUGCUGUACGAGCAUGACGCUUAGCUUCUAAGUAAAUAUUUUUACUACCACCUGACUUCCACUCUUUCCAAAGUUUCCUCUUUUCCUUUAUACACUGGUCAACCUCAUUAUUCCACCACCAGGUCUGUCUAUGUCUAGCUGGUCCUUUCGUCCACCGACAGGUACAUCAGAAGCUUCUAGAAGACAAUUCUUCAAAGUAGUCCAAGUACUUUCAACAUUGUCACUAUCACAUUGACUAUUGUUGCUCUCACACAUGCAAAGACGUGCCCAAUUCUAAGAAAUAGGAUAAUAGUUGAGCCAUUAACUCCUCCCCAAAUUCCACAAAAAUUUUGGCUAGCUGAGCAAUUUUAAUUUCUGAACUUGACAAUCUGAAUUUGUUUUUCUAAUAAUUUGUUUUUUAUUAGAUAAACAUAUUUUAGUUUCCAAAUUAAAAAAUAAUUUAAAUUAAAAAUAAUAAUUUUAUAUUGCUUGUUCAGCUUGUAAAUGCAAUUUUGAAGACUUUCAACGUGUCUCAUCACAUGGUUACCAACUAAAGAAGAGCCUUGUUGAUGAUAUGCAUCUUAGUCUAUGUAAUUCUUUUUCUAAGUCUGGAGUUGGUUGAUUAGCUAUAGGCUGUAUACGUUGACUUUAAAUAUGGGCUUUGAUGGUUAAUUUCUUCGCAGUAGAACAUUAAUGAUAAUUAUUCCCAGUUUGCUUAAUCCUUACGUUUCUUAGGAAAGUAUAAUUGUAGGAUUUCAAAAAAAAUUAAAACAUUAUUUGAAGUGCUUGUAUGGUUGUCUUUUAGAGAAAUAUAAAAUAAGUAAAGGAUAAAAAGAUUUUUUGGCAACGGAAUAUUAUUUUACAUAAUGAUUUUCAUGAUCUAUUGUUGGAACUGGCAUUAACCACUGUUCAACAUUCCAUAAUUGUUUGUUUUGCAAGCAGUCAUAUAAAUAUUGUUUGUUCCAUUAUUUACUCUUUGAUAUGUUGGUUGAAAUUCCCAUCGUGAACAUUGUACUUUGCUUGUUCCCAAGCCAAAGUAGCAACCCCAGUACAGUGUACGAGGGCAAAUGAAUUUUGUUACUUCACAUUUUUGACAUUUGUUUGGAACUUUUAGAUUUUGAAAAGAACUUGCACAAAUAUAAUUAUCGAAGCGUGGGGCGCAUGUUUUUUUGCGUGGGUCCUUUAUUUUUAAUGAUAGGUCUGCAUCUUGCUAAGUAUUUAGUAUCGUUUCUAAGUUUGUAAUUAAUUGACUGCUGAGGUCGAUCCACCACCAGUCAUUUAGGGCAUGAUAUUUACCCCAAUAUAUAUUAUUUAAAUUUUUAGUAUUGAGUUGAACUUUGGUGUGCAGAUUGUGGGGAGCAUUUUGUCUACUGUUUAUGCAAGGCAAAAACAAUGAUGCUCUUUGGAUGAGGGAGAUCAUAUUUACUAACACGAACAUAAUAAGUGAAUGCUCUGCUGAAGCUUGUAAUUACCAUGGCAUAUGUAAAGAGCAUAACGUCUGUGAAUGUGAGAGUGGCUGGACUGGUACAAGAUGUCAACAAAAACUUUGUUGCAACGAGACAUUUAAUUUGUAUGGCAGUGCUUUGAAAAAGUGUACAAACUGCAAAAAUAAAACUUUGGCUGGUUUAAAAAUAGGAAGAUCCUCUCAUGCUGCAGUACUUUCUUCACAUAAAAUGUAUAUUUAUGGUGGUUACUCAACUAGCAAUCUGACCACAAUGUUAACAUAUAGUAUUGAAUCUAAGAAGUGGGACUCUGAGAUAGGAGUUACAUUUGAAAACAGAUAUGGUCAUACCAUGGUGGCAUAUGGUACAUUUUUCUAUCUGUUCGGUGGUACUUUGCCCAGUGGGACAAUCACAAACCAAUUAAAACGUUUUCAUGAACCAACAAAAACUUGGAAAGAUUUGACAAGUAAUAGUGUCAUCCCUGUUACUGGUCAUGCAUCUGUUGUUGCUGAAGGAAAGAUGUACGUCUUUUUCGGGUUUAACGAAGAAGACUUGGUAGUAAAUUUAAUUCAGCAGUAUGAUUUUGGUACUAAGGAGUGGUCAAUUGUUUCCACGAAAGAGUAUGUGCCUGGACGUUUUGGCCAUUCAGCCACUUAUGAUAUUAAGGAAAAUGUUGUUUAUGUUUUUGGUGGAUUUUUUGACAAAAAUAUCACAUCUCAACUUCUUAUAUUCGAUGUAGCAGCACAGUCAUGGAGGACAUCACCACAAUCUGACAGUCCUCGAAUGCUUCACUCUGCAGUUAUUGUUGGACGCAGUUUAAUUAUAUAUGGUGGUAAUGCACAUGAUGCUUCUACUGUGGGAAACACAAAAAGAAAAUGCUAUUCCGAAGAAGUGCAAAUAUAUAAUAUUGACUGCAAAAAAUGGAUUUGGUCAAGCAUUCGAAAUUCAAUUUAUGCAAAAGGUCGUUAUGGUCAUACUGGUAUUGCUGUCAAUGGUUCUAUGUUCAUAUUCGGUGGUUUUGAUGGCACCCUUAGAAAAGAUGUUUUCGAAGUAAAGAUCAGUGGUAAUUGUAAUAACUACACUGAUAAAACAGCUUGUCUUAUGGCACCAGUAACUUAUGGCUGUACUUGGAGCAAGACCUCGAAGAAAGAAAACACAUGUAUGGGAUUUGCCAGCAGGUAUCUUGCAAAAACAUCAAUUGAGAAGCCACUCUGCAAUGCUUCUGAUACACCUUGCAAAAAUUACAAAACCGAAGCUAAUUGUCCGGAAUUGGCAUGCAUAUGGAAAGAUGGAAAUUGUGUUAACAAGGAGCAAAGGAAUCCAAAAACUUUAGUUAGAAGUUGCAACCAGUUGAAAAAUUGCGUUAGUUGCAAUCAAAAUAAGUCUUGCCACUGGAAAGAAAGCUGCCAGGAUUGGAAAGGUGAGAAUAAAACAAGCUGUUUUGGCGACAAAAAUAUCACUUCUUGCCACGAUUUUCAAACAUGUACCUCCUGCAUUGCGGCGCCAGGAACACAAUGCAUGUGGUGCAACUCGACAAGCACAUGUAUUAGUGUGAGCAGUUAUGUGAUUGAAUUUCCAUAUGGUCAGUGUUUAGAAUGGAUAUCUGGUAAAGUUGGGGUGUGCAAAGCUACACGAUGCGAAUUACAGACCACCUGCCAGAAAUGUUUCAAGCAUCCAGGUUGUGGAUGGUGUGACGAUGGAACGAACACAGGAAUAGGCAGAUGCAUGGCAGGAACAGAUUCCCAUCCUAUUGGAAAUUCAACUUGCCCGACAGAACAUUGGAGUUUUACUGAAUGUCCUGCUUGUCACUGUAACGGGCACAGUACCUGUUUUAAUGGCACAAACGAGUGUAUCAAAUGUUUUGGAAAUGUUGAGGGAAAGCACUGUGAGAUGUGUAUAAAAGGUUACUAUGGUGACCCGACAAACAAUGGCACUUGUAAAGAAUGCCAAUGUAAUGGUCACACGAAAGCUUGCACAGAGAAAGGCGAGUGUACGUGCAACAUGCGAGGUGCGAUAGGCACUCAUUGCGAAAAGUGCGACAGUAGUAAAAAUUUCCAGGGCAACUCCACAAACGGUGGUAUGUGCUACUCAAGACUUAGUGUGGAUUUUCAGUACACUACGAAUUUAACCCGAACAAUCAUAGCUGGCUUCACUGGAAAGCCUCGUUCUCAAAAAAAAGAUUUCAGAUUUGAAAUUAUCAAGGUAGCUGGUGGCACAGCAUACUUGAAUUUGACAAUACACUACGCAAACGGUAAAUUUACAUCGGUGCGACGGGCAACUACAAUCGAGAACAUUCAAGUUAACUUAGAUGAGGACUCGUACGUAUACGACAGCGCGGCUGAAUUGCGCGCGAUCGUUUACGGCUGGCAGGAAGACGAGUAUUUCAGUUUCAAGAUAUCGUACAGCCAUCCCCCGCCAGAGUUUGACUUGGUGUACUUUCUUAUAAUGUUUUUAAUAGUUUUCUGCUCGCUGUUAAUUGUGCUGAUUGUCUUAUGGAAGAUCAAACAAAGAUACGAUAUAUAUAGACAUAGUAGGCGACAAAGGCAAGAACAUCAAGAACGAAUAAGUAGGCCGUUUAAAUCCUUUACUGUUCUUCUGCCAGAUAAAAGUUCGUUAUUUGAAAAGGUGCAACCAAACCCCGUAGCAUGUGAGAAUUUAGCCAAUGAACAAUUAGCCAUAGUGUCGUUUAUAAUGCAGCUACCAACAGACGAACAUGGAUGUACGCCGUCAGGUCAGAGUGGGUUGUGUAUAGGUAGCGUUUUAACAACGACGCAUCGACGCAGAACUUUUUCAAUCCAACAUAGUCAUGGUAAUAAUAAAAGAAAAAACAAAACCAGGUCGGUCCUAGUGUAGUUGUAGUUAAUGGUUUCUGCUGGAAAGAGACUCGCUUUGUAAAGACUGGGAAGAAAGGGUCUUAUUCAACGCGUUACUUUUUUAAAUGUUUUUUGUUAACACAUUAUUUUUCCAUCAAACUGUAUAUAGACGAAUAAAAGUUGUGCUUUGUGGACAGUGUUUUGUUCUGUGGCUGCCACUGUAACUAUGUAAUAAUUUCCGAUGUCCAACUUGCCAUCCAGGUUACGUCGGCAUGCAAUUUUUUUUACAUCGAAUGUAACAACUGAAUGUAACAACUAGUCACUAGCACUAAAUUUGGUGACUUUUCACGGAUUAGCCUUUUUUAUCUAACCACGUUUUGUCGUUCGUGGUAAGAAGAAUUAAAGUAAUUUUUUAAUAUGGAGCAUGCAAAUAUUUGUUUCUGUGUAUCUAAUAUAAUUGCAAAAGCUGGAUAAAAAACCCCAUAAGGUAGAUAAACGUGCCAGGUGGAGUUAAACGAAAAGGGGUGGCCUUUGUUGGCCAAAAAAACUCAAUUGGAUUUAGGUAAAAUAUUUUGAUCGCUUCACAACUUUCUUGCCGCUACGUAUAAAUUCAUUUCACGAUGAAUUGCACUAGCCUGUAUCUUUUGAUGGAAGAAAUGUAAGCUGCGGCGCACCCAAUUGUUAUUAAUAGACAUAUAUACCUUUAUAAGCAACACGAGGCUAAAAUCUUUCAAAAAACGAAGUCAUUUUUAAAAAACAGUCCAGCCUGAAAAAAACUUAACUUGUUCUAAACCUUCUGUAAGUUUUUACACAAAAAAUUGUCAUUGGAAAUUUUUAAUGACACUCUAGCUUAAUUGAGCAAGCGUAAUAUGUGAAGAAUAAAAUGCUGACAAGCAGCUAUUCAUAUUGAUUUUAUAUUUGACGUUUUUUAUUGACUGAUUUACGCACUUAUUUUUUUAAAUCUUUAAUUUGUUUUAUUUGUUUUGUUCGUUGUUUUUUUAUAUUGGCAACACGGUUUUAUGUACGUGCAAAGUAGCCAAUCGUACUAAAAAAUCGAAUUUUCGCAUAAACUAUGGUAGGUCAUAGUUUAGUUGAAGAUUUUUUCGUUUUAUUUAAAUUUUAUUAAAGAAAAGACUAUGGAAAGGAGUUCUUGUUGUUAAGAAAUAAUCUUAUCUUCUUACAUGAUAUGGAAUGUUUUGGUUUUGAGAUACGAUCAAGGUGAGGGGGGGGGGGGGGGGGUUAAAGUCGAGCCAAUGGAUUUAAAUUAUGUGCUCGUUUUGCACGUUCAUGUCCUACAUUUUUUUGUUUAAACUAGUGUUUACCUAGGAUAUUAUUUUUUAUAUAUAUGGAGAGACAUUUUUGUCUCUCUUACGUCAUAAUUGUUAUACAGGUUGACACUGUUAAAGAAAUAUCAAAAAAAAUUUUUCAAGUUGAUUUACGUGCUUUUCAAAUAAUUUUAAUAGACUGAAAAAUUAUUCAUUUCAGUGAAUUAUUUUGCAGUGAUUUAACCAAGAAAACUUAAUGAAGAUUAUAUUUUUUAUUUUAUUUUUUUAGUAUUAAGGUGUAAAUUUACUGAAAAGGAAAAUUUGGCAGUAGAGAGACAAAAAUCUUUUGGGGGCUAGUACAGAUAAAUGCGAUUUUCUUCCUCCCCCCAGAAAAGAAAGGUGCACAUUUAUUUUUAACGUAGAUUUUUUUUAAUAAAAAUAAUGACACACUGGGUUAGCUUUGCGAGCAGCCAGUUCUUAUUCUUAAAAUAAGAUAAAGCAUUGUUAUUUCUGCAGAAUAUAAAAUGCAGAGUGCUGCCUUAGAAUAAUGGAAAUAAUUUUAUGAAAAGUGUACCGUACUUAUUUAUAGCAUGUGUAUAAAUGUGUAAUUUCUCUUUUGUUAUCAUAGAUAAUUUCACUAAUUUUUGUAAACUUCUGAUUAAAUGCAGAAGAUAACAGUAAAAAUAUUUUCAUACACGCCUUUAAAA